AUGGUGUCUCUCAACAACAUAGACCCUGAUAGGGUCCCUUCGGCCAAGAUGGCCGUACACGGUCUCCAAAUUGUCCUUGUCUUUGUGGCCUGGGCUCUGGAAAUUGCCGUUUUCCGAGACUCAGAGGCCAAGAUCACAGGCCAAAAUGGAUGGUUCUUUGGUGUUUGCUUCCUCUCCAUCCCAGCCUGGGUUUAUGUCCUCAUGACCCCUCGAUGGGAGCGUACCCGCCACCUUGCCGAUCCUCGGGCCAUGCUGGGCGUUGAUAUCCUCUUCUCCAUCAUCUGGCUGUCCGCCUUUGCCGCCCAGGCUACCUACAAUGGCGGUGACCGAUGCGGUGGCGCCUGCGGCAUUAGCAAGGCCAUUGUCGCUUUUGGCGUUUUUGUCACUAUUCUCUGGAUCCUCGCCGUUGUCAUCAGCUUCUACACCUACCAUCACUGGAAGCUCGAUGGCUACCUCCCCGGCUACGAUCACCGCAAGCUUCCCAACUCCAACAACAUCGAUCCUGACAAGGCGGCCUUCUCCAUGGCUCCCCAUGACGAAGAGGCUUAUGCGCCCGUCAACAUGGAUGAGCGUGAAUCCGGCCGCAAUGACGAUUACGCGAGCGGUGCUUAUGGCGGCGCUCCUUACGGCGGCUCGCACGCUGGUGGCCGCACCGACCCCUACGAUGACGACGACCGAUAUGACAACGGAAGCAACGUUGGCAGCAACGUUGGAAGCCACAUGGGGAGCAACGUCGGCGGUCGACACGGCAGGACGAGCGGUAUCUACGAGGGCGAUACGAGCUAUGGCGCCCCCAGCAGCACCCAGUCCGGUCCUGCCCAGUUCCCCUCGGGCAACUACGACAGGGUACACUAA